CACCUGGCACCCUGCCCUUGUAGCCUUCCUGAGUCAGCACAGCUCCUGGUCCACCGGAAGUCCUCCGUAAACAGCCUGCGCCACAAACAUGUUGAGAUGACGUCCUCGCAAGGCGGCUGAGGGCUGCAGUGAUGCCUGUUAUCUGCAGUCAGCUUUCCAACACAUAGGAAGGCAAUACAAUAAUUAAAAAAAAAAGGGGUGGACCGGGCGCAGUGGCUCACGCCUGUAAUCCCCAGCACUUUGGGAGGCCGAGGCGGGCGGAUCACGAGACAGCAUUCUGGUGACACCAGUGAGGGUUUGGACCCCGAUCCCCACGGGAGCAGUAAAGAUGAGUGAGCUGAUUGGAUUCUGACUCUAUUUCAGAGGGAGAGUCUACAGGCCCGUGGAUGGAUAGAAGGAAGAGGUUCGAGCUCCCUCAGCCCAUUGGCCACGCCUCUGGAGUCUGACCACGCCUAGAAACACUGCGCAUGCUCUGUCGCUAGCCAGCCCAGGCUCGGCGCUGAAUCGGCACAAACCAGUCUCACUUCUCGUAUCGCAGCGGGGAGGUUGGAGAGAAUUUUUUCCCAUAAAAGGGCAUACGUUGCCCGUCCCCUUCCCCAAGGAAUGCACUAGGAAUACUGUUCCUGUGUUUGCAUGAGCUGUGGCACCGCACCGACUCGGGCUUCCGGGCCUCCCUCCUGCACGGGAGCCUCUCACUAGGUCUCCCCCGGGGCUGCGUUGGUGCCGUCCGGCACGGUCACGUGGGCGAGAAAAUGGCGGCCCCCAGACCGCACUGCGAGCGUCGCGGCAGGUGAAGAGGUGGUGGCAGAGGCGCAUGCGGGUACUGGUCGGGCCGACAGGCCCUGAGUCUCCAGAGCUCGGUGAGGCGUCCCGGAGGCGGCGAUCACGGUGUGGGGCCCGGGUCUGGCGGGCGGUGGCACCAGGAUCGCCUCGUUAGGUUCUUACGUCCCGUGUCCCCAGGUUUAGCCUGAGCAGGGUUGUGGAAGGCCGGGGCCCAUCGACAGCACGAUGGUGACGGAGCAGGAGGUGGAUGCCAUCGGGCAGACGCUGGUGGACCCCAAGCAGCCCCUGCAGGCCCGCUUCCGGGCGCUGUUCACGCUGCGCGGGCUCGGCGGCCCAGGUGCCAUUGCCUGGAUCAGCCAGGCCUUCGGUGACGAUUCUGCCCUGCUCAAGCACGAGCUGGCCUACUGCCUGGGCCAGAUGCAGGAUGCCCGCGCCAUCCCCGUGCUGGUGGACGUGCUGCAAGACACCCGUCAGGAGCCCAUGGUGCGCCAUGAGGCAGGGGAGGCCCUGGGGGCCAUUGGGGACCCGGAAGUUCUAGAGCUCCUAAAGCAAUAUUCCUCGGAUCCCGUCAUUGAGGUGGCCGAGACCUGCCAGCUGGCCGUGCGCAGGCUGGAGUGGCUGCAGCAGCACGGCGGGGAGCUGGCGGCGGGACCCUACCUCUCCGUGGACCCUGCCCCGCCGGCUGAGGAGCGUGACGUGGGGCGCCUGCGGGAGGUGCUGCUGGACGAGUCCCGGCCGCUCUUCGAGCGAUACCGCGCCAUGUUCGCCCUGCGCAACGCGGGAGGCGAGGAGGCCGCCCUGGCGCUGGCCGAGGGUCUGCACUGUGGGAGCGCCCUCUUCCGCCACGAGGUCGGCUACGUCCUGGGACAGCUGCAGCACGAGGCUGCGGUGCCCCAGCUGGCGGCCGCCCUGGCCCGGUGCGCCGAGAACCCCAUGGUACGGCACGAGUGCGCGGAGGCCCUGGGCGCCAUCGCCCGGCCCGCCUGCCUGGCCGCGCUGCAGGCUCACGCGGACGACCCAGAGCGCGUGGUGCGUGAGAGCUGCGAGGUGGCUCUGGACAUGUAUGAGCACGAGACCGGGCGGGCCUUCCAGUACGCGGACGGCCUGGAGCAGCUGCGCGGGGUCCCUUCCUAGGGCCCCGCCCUCACCUGGGGCUCCUCGAGGACUCUUGAGGGCCGCUCCUCCCCCGCAGAGCUUUGGCGUCUAAACCGGGUGUGUGUGAAUCGGUGUCAUCGCUUGUGUCUUGCUGGGCGCACGGUUGCGGUUGCUGUCCCCCUCCUCCGUCUGGGACCGAGGAGCUGCCCUUGUGCUGUGACUCCCUGAGUCCCCUGACCGCUCCCCGGGGCCUGGCGCAGGGCUGUAGCGUGGAAGUUUCCAGGCUUGGGGUGGGACUCUGCGGGAGGCUCCGGGAUGCCCGGCUCAGGACAGGGGAGGACUGUGAGGGAAACCAGGGGAGGAUCGCGAGGGAAGCCAGGGGCAGAGCUGGGGCUCUGGGAAGAGGCUGGCUUUGUGGUGGCUUCAGCUUCACUAGGAAUUGGGCGCAGGGACUGGGGGUCUCUGACUCCCUACCCCGAGGCCUGGGUAGGGACGGGGUGGUGGUCCCUGAGUGGGUCAGGUAGGGCACAGGGACCAGGGAGGGACAAGCAGACCUCAAAGCGCUGCCCAGAUGGAAUAUUAAAUUAUUUUUGCCAA